AUGGUCAAGAAAUUGGCUCGAGGUGGCGAGGACGAUAAGCUGGCAGAAGUGAUUAGCGAAGCGCAGAAAACUCCAUUCACCAAGGAGCUUGAGCGAGCUCCGUUCCCCCUUAAAUGUACACUCCCAACUUUUCCUUCCAGGUUUGAUGGCACUGGCGACGCAGGGGAACAUAUCAAGAUGUAUAGCAUGUCCCUAUUGCAAUGGAAGAACUAUGACGUGGUUAUGUGCAAGUUUUUUCCGGCAAGUCUGGAAGGAGAGGCAAAGAACUGGUUCUAUACUUUGCCCGAUGAGUCCAUUGGAAACUAUGGCGUCCUAGUGGAAACAUUUCUUGAAACCUAUAUGCAUAACAACAUUGCUCGCCCAAGGAUCUUCGGGUUUGAAAACUCAUUAGGAAGAUCCGACACUAUUUGGAUAGCAAUGUACACCGAUAAACCACAAACGUUAAUGGAGAUGAGGAAGAUGCAAGAGCAUUACAUCGCAUUAGAGGAGAUACAAGAGGGGGCACAUGAUAGAGGAGUACAAGAAGCCAGUGCGGCGGUGGAGCCUGUCCCUCAGGGAGAUCCACAACGAUCAGAGAAAAGGCUGAUGGCACCACAUCAAGUCUCGGGAAAGAAAGAAUGGGUCGAGAAGGGAAAGAAGCCUCGCCACGAACCAAGAACUUACACACCUCUAAACGCACCAUUGGAAGUAAUAUUCAAGGAAGUAGAAAAUAGAAGCGACAUUAGAUACCCCAAGACUAGGGGCUUCCAAUUUGACGAGACAAGAAAUCAUCCCGAGUUCUGCCAUUACCGUCAGUACCGAGGCCACUCGACUAACAAUUAUCGAGAGGUAAAAGAUAUCAUCCAACAUCUUCUCUGA